UCCGGGUCUGAUGCAACCAACAGCAUACUAGGCCACUAGUACUUGCCGCGUUGUUGAUUGCAAUGCAGUGACUGACAAGAAUGUUGUGAGAAAUCAUGGCCAAUGCUGACACAGUCCCAAAGGCCAGAGUCGUGGUACAACAGUGCCUGAGUGCCAGGCUUCAAGUCAAGCCACCAUCAGACGAAAAUGAAGCUGAAUAUGUCGAGGUUGGGCGUGGCAUCAUCAUCUACCUAUGUUUCCUUAAAGGAGCAACAGAAGAUCUUGUAGAGAAGAUGGUACGAGCCAUCCUGGCAGUCAGAUUGAGCGAAUCUGAGCCGAAUGGGAAGCUAGUUUCAGUACUGGAUCUGCCAGGUGAUGUUCUGAUUGUACCACAGGCAACACUUGGUGGUAAAACCAAAGGAAAAGCCAUGCAGUACCAUUCCAACAUUGCUAAGACUGAGGGCCAGGAUCUGUAUACCAAAUUCUGUACAAUGUGUGAGGAGACAUUUGAGACAAGCCCAAAGACAAAAGAAGCAAAUAAGUCAGUUAAACAUGGUACAUAUGGAAACAGACAAGUGCUGAGUGUGGUAACUAAUGGGCCGUACACACACGUACUGGACUUUUAAAAUGUGGUAGAUAUACUUUAGGUACAGAGCAAUGGAC